AUGUUUGAUUCAAUACUAAAGCUUAUCAAAAGAAAACAUGACGAUAAUAAUGAUCAUAAAUCUUCAUCACAUUUGGCCAAAAGAUUAACAGCUUUGAUAAUAUCGGUAUUCAUAUCAUUAGCAGCCGGGACACCUUAUUUAUAUGGAGUUUAUUCACCUCAAUUAAUCAAAAGAUGUGGAUUAACAACAUCAGAUUCAGCAACUAUAUCAUUAGCAACAAACUUGGGUUCAGGAUUAGGGGGAUUACCAGGUGGAAUAAUUAUUGAUCAUUUCGGACCUCAAUUUGCAAUUUUGGUGGGUUCAAUAUGUAUAUUUGUUGGAUAUUUUGCAAUGUAUGAAAUUUAUCAACAUAAAUAUGAUAAUUUAUUAGUUAUAUGUAUAUCAAUGGUUUUUGUGGGGUUUGGUUCAAUAACAAGUUAUUUUGCAACACUAAAGGCUUCUCAAGCUAAUUUCGUGAAACAUAAAUCAGCUGCCGGUUCAUUGCCUGUUUCAGCUUAUGGAUCUGGUGCUACUUUUUUUUCAAUAAUAUCUGCAACUUUUUUCAAUAAUAAGACUGGUGAAUUAUUCAAGUUUUUAUCAUUAUUUUGUGGAUCUGUUGCAUUUGUUGGUUCGUUUUUUAUACACAUUUAUGUUAAUGAUGAUGAUGAUGAAGAAACUAUUCACUCGCAACAAAUUCCAAAUAGAUUUCAAGCUUUACCUCAAAAUGAAAGUAAUGUUGAAUCAAGUAGUAGUAGUCAAGUCUUGAGUACACCAGAAGAUGAAUCAUUAUUGACUGAUAUUGGACCACCAGAACAUUCAAUGACAAGAGCCGCAUCUUUAAAAGGUUCAAUUUCGUAUUGGGGAAUUGGUGAAAGAACGCCAAGAUCUUCUGUAAGUAUACAAGAAGCAGAAGCAAAUGAAAUAGUGGAGAAUUUAAGAAAUAUUAAUAAAGAUCAAAAACCUAAAAAAGAUCAAUUGAAAUCUCCAUAUGAAACUUUAAAAGAACGUCUUACUCAUAAGGUAUAUUUGAUACAUUAUUUUAUUGUGUCAAUGGCUGCAGGUAUCGGUCAAAUGUAUAUUUUUAGUGUUGGUUUUAUUGUUAUUGCACAAUUUUAUUAUAAAAAUCAUAAAGAUGAUGGCAGUGAUAGUGAUGAUGAGAGCGAAAUUAGUUCAUUAGUAGUAAGACUAGUAAGUGCAUUAACUCAUGAUCCAGAAGCAGCUUCGUUGCAAGCUAUACAAGUUUCAAUAAUCUCAAUAGCUUCAUUUGUAGGUAGAUUAUUAUCAGGAUUUUUAAGUGAUUAUAUUCAUAAGAAAUGGCAUAUACAAAGAUUAUGGAUUGUUCAAUUCACUUUAGCAUUAUUAUGUUUUGGUCAAUACUUAACAAUAAUAAAUGUAUCUUCGUUUCAUUGGACAUCGAUAAUAUCAGCAAUAAUGGGAGGAUCAUAUGGUUUAAUAUUUGGUACUUAUCCGGCAAUUAUAGCUGAUCAAUUUGGUACAAAGACAUUCUCGACUAAUUGGGGUCUCAUAUGUACUGGACCAUUAUUUAUAUUGUACCUUUUAAAUAAAUAUUUUGGCUGGAUUUAUGAUUCACAUACUGAUAAAGAAACUGGUAUUUGUUAUUUAGGUAAUGGUUGUUAUAUGGGAGCUUUUGAAGCAAGUUUAAUAUUGUGUGUUAUUGCCUUUAUAGUCACGGGUGUGUUGUUAUAUAUUCAGAGAAAGAAAUAG